AUGACCAUAGAAUUCGUGAACGGAGGAAAGCAGGAAUGAAACUUUUUAUACUUGUCCAUCCGCUCUUUUCCUAAGCUACUCAAGGGUGCCCUCGCUUCAGCCUUGAUAGCUGCUGAACUUAUGGCUCCAACAGCAGACGAUACCCAGAUAGUGUACCCAGUUAAUGAAUCGUAUCCUAUCAAUGAAAGAACCAGAGAAUGCCUUUUCAAAGGAGUGAAUCACUACUUCUCGGCCUUCAGGGAUGACUGUUUUUUUAUAUACGGAAGAAUGGUUGGCGACAAUUACAGAGUGCCGAUGUUUUAUCAAAUUUUCAAUUUCACUGGUUGUAUUAUCAUGGCCGAACUCGACAAGCUUGAGAAUAUACCCCUGAGUUCCUUUAUGAGCUUAAGAGCAAAUUUCAAAUUUUGCGAGUAUAAGUACAGCUUGAUGGUUUAUGGAAAUAAAAAUCUGAGGCGAAUAUCUCUUCGAAAAGAUAUGGAGAUCAAAAAGGAGGAAGUUUUCAUCAGAGCUAAUGAGAACUUUCGUCGAGAGCAAGUCACCAAUGCACCAUUCGAUGUAGACGUGGGAAGUCCGCACGACUGCACGAUAAAAAUGGCUCUGAAGCGCAAGGACUGCACGGCAUUAGUUGGUGAUUUAAAAUACCCGAGUGAUGAAGACAUGAGGGAAGCAUGGAAGCGGAUAAGCAAGGUUUACGGGACUAUUACCAUAGACGACAUAUCGGAUGAGAAUUUGAACAUACUCAGGAAUCUCACUGUCGACGGAUGGCAACCUCGUGUGGUGAGGAUACUUAAUAACCACAAGCUGAAAAACAUUGCCGCUGUACUGGACAUGAAGGUGAUGGGACCCAAGCCGCACUUCUGGUUUAGUAACAAUCCAAGCAUCUGUCAUUCGAUUAAUGUCAGAAAAGAAAUCGAAGCCAAAGUAGAAACAAAGCUACAGUGGAACGAUAACUGCAGUAAGUCAAGGCUUUCUUGA